AUUUGAAAAUAAUUUGAGCUUUCCUGCCCACUCCCCCUGCACUCCCCAGCGCUGCUCUGCACAGCAAGCUCCCGGUUCCUGAUAAUCUAGUGCUGCUGUUGUCUCCCUCCAAUCGCCAUCAUGAUUAUCUACCCAGACGUCAUCAGCCGCGAUGAGAAGUUCUCUGACAUUUACAAGAUCCAGGAGACUGUGGACGGCCUCUGCCUGGAGGUGGAGCACAAGAUGGUCAGUAGGACAGAGGAUAACACUGAUGACUCACUCCUUGAUAGAAAUGCUUCGGCUGAAGGACCGGAGGUCGAAGGUACCAAAAGCACAGUAAUCACUGGUGUUGGUAUUGUCAUGAACCAUCACUUGCAGGAAACCAGCUUCACAAAAGCAGCACACAAGAAAUACAUGAAAGAUUACAUGAAAUCAAUCAAAGGCAAACUUGAAGAACAGAGACCAGAGAGAGUAAAACCUUUUAUGGCAGGGACUGCAGAACAAAUCAAGCACACCCUUGCUAAUUUCAAAAAUUACCAGUUCUUUAUUGGUGAAAACAUAAAUCCAGAUAGCAUGGUCGCUCUCCUACACAACCAUGAGAAUGCUGUGACCCCAUAUAUCAUUUUUUUAAAGGAUGGUUUAGAAAUGGAGAAAUGUUAAUAAAUUUGGCAGUUACUUUGGAUCUAUCAUCUAUCAUCAUAACUGGCUGCUGUUUGUCAUCCACACAACACCAGGACUUCUGACAAAUGGAACUGAUCUCAUCUUGAGCACAUUUAGGCAUUGUUUUUUAAGAAA